GCGUCCCGGAAGGAGCGCCCUUGCGGCAUUUGAGCCAGUGAGUGAAAGUGGCGCGGCCCGUGCUUCGUAGUCGCUACUAACCUGGUGUCCUUGUCCUCUUCUCGUAGGGUUCCCCCAAAGAAGGAGGGCAGGCAGCGUGCAUCCACACCGCGCCUCCUUGCGUUUCUCUUUCCCAAGUAGGACCUCCCCAGCCCCCGCCGCCCAGGCCCUGCGUGGGCUGGGCGCUCCAUCCCUGCACUCCCGCCUCACUGCGGCGCCCAGACUCUGUCUGGACUCCGGGUCCCUGGCCCGUGGUCUGUCGCCCCGCCGCUGGAGCUGUGACCGCCCUGCCCGCCGUUCUUCCGCUGCCACCGCGCCCGGCACCAUGGGCAGUGAGCAGAGCUCCGAGGCCGAGAGCCGACCCAACGAUCUGAACUCCUCAGUGACUCCUUCUCCAGCCAAGCAUAGAGCCAAGAUGGAUGAUAUUGUGGUUGUAGCUCAGGGCUCCCAGGCCUCUCGGAAUGUCAGCAACGAUCCCGAUGUUAUCAAGCUGCAAGAGAUUCCAACCUUCCAGCCCCUUUUGAAAGGGCUGUUGAGUGGACAGACUUCCCCAACAAAUGCCAAACUGGAGAAAUUGGAUUCCCAGCAGGUGUUGCAGCUCUGCCUCCGGUAUCAGGAUCACCUGCAUCAGUGUGCGGAGGCCGUUGCUUUUGAUCAGAAUGCUUUGGUUAAACGAAUCAAAGAGAUGGAUCUAUCUGUAGAAACCCUCUUUAGCUUCAUGCAGGAGCGUCAGAAAAGAUAUGCCAAGUAUGCUGAGCAGAUGCAGAAAGUCAACGAGAUGUCGGCCAUCCUCCGCCGCAUACAGAUGGGCAUCGACCAGACGGUGCCGCUGAUGGAGAGGCUCAACAGCACGCUGCCCGAGAGCGAGAGGCUGGAGCCCUUCAGCAUGAAGCCAGACCGGGAGCUCAAGCUGUAGAGCUGUUCUUCGCUCCUGCCAGGCUGUUCUGUGGAGUCCGGGAUACCCACCCUCAGGGACAUGUGGCAUAUGCCUGGGGCUGGAAGCUAGCAGAGGUUCUGGCUCUCUCGCAAGUUGGUGUCACGUGGUUCGGCUGGUGUGAAGUCUGCCUUUGCCCUGCUCUUUCCCCUGAUGCAGUGUCUCUAUGUGAAAUGAUCCAAGCUAAUUCUCGGUGAUAACCGAGGUUGGAACGUUUGAAUUAUUAGGAAUACUUUAAAGAACUCUGCAUUGAGAACUGUUUUUCUUUUGCUUAGAGUUUUUUUUUGUUUGUUUUUUAAUUGAGAGUAUAUAGUUUAGCUACUGGAGUACAGACAUGGGGAGAAGAGAGAAAUGUUAAGAAGCUCUGCAUUCUCCAUGCCCUCAUGAUGUCUUGCUCAGUAGGCUCUGUGGGUUAUGAGUUGCAAACAUAAAAUACUCAUUUGAUGUAGGUCUGGUGUGGUGUUCCUCUUUCUACCCUAACUGGUUCCCUUACACCAACGCUUUAUCUGGGGCACCUGCUCUUGCCCUGAUGGGGACACGGGGUUCGGCGUCCCUUGCAUGUCAUCAUCAGAAACUGAAGACACCGGUCUCAGCGCUUAUAGCACAUUGGUUAUGGUGCUGGCCACAUGCAUCGAGGGUGGCGGGUUCGAACCUGGCCGGGCCUGCUAAAACAACAAAGACAACUGCAACAGCAACAA